AACCUUAUCCUGUCCGUUGUAGUCUAGCCUACCCUGGACCCCUAGAACCCCACUGGAUUCUAUAUUCUAUUCUAUUCUAUUCUCUUCUAUUCUACCACAGCACACUGAGGGUUCUGUAUUCUCUAGUCUGUUCCUAAGUGGUUGGGCUGAUUAAAGGGCUCCAGAUGCCUAAGCUAUUUUAGAUAGCUUAUGUUUUGUUGUUUACCAUGCAUGUCAUGGUUGCCUUCCAGCAGACUGGUAUUGUAAUCGUUAAGAGCACAAACUUGUUUUUCUGCCUUUGAAGUUUUGCAACCUCCUUGAACAGGAUUUGUCGUGUGCCACCUUUUGAAGUUUUGGAUUUUAUUGAUGUGUGUAUUAGGCUUCUCAUAUCACAAAAUGGACUCAGUGGAUAUUAGUUUGCAGCACUAUAUAACCCAUCUGAUCUUUUCCCUGGUGCCUAGUUCAGUAAUAGUGUCUGGCCUUCUCUGCUUAGAAGGGCUGCUUUCCAUUUGCAAAAUGUCAUCAGUCCUGUGUGGCAUUUCGCUUUGGACUGGAAACAUUUACUGGUUUCCCGAGACCUUUCGAAAUCCACCCCGUCCCUGGUUUUAAGGAGCAGAUAAUGGCUGAGAGGACCGUCGUGCCUAAAAACUGAGCUCUGGAGUGUGUUGACCUGGGUCAUCAUUGGAGGACUUAAGAGGCCGCAUCGCUGAGGUUGGAUUUGCCCGCGCAUCAUCAGCUUCGUCCCCUCCAUCAGCUCCAUCAGCCCCGUCAGCUCCGUCCGCUCCAUCAGCUCCGUCCGCUCCGUCCCCUCCGUCAGCUCCGUCACAGGGUGGGUGAUGAGGCCGCUGCGGGGCUCUUGCCUGGCGCUCCUCCUGGCCUUGUCGUCCACCAUCCUCGGGCUCCACAUCCCCCUGGAGGUGGAACAGCUGCCAACCAUUACGGCGAAGGCGCCCAGCUCCCUGAUUGCCUUCCCGUUUGAUGAGAAUUUCACUCUGAAGUGCGAGGCCAAAGGCAACCCGCAACCAGCAUUCCGAUGGACGAGAGACGGGCAGCACUUUGACCCGCGCCGCGACCCCCGGCUUCAGACGCAGCCCAACUCUGGGAGCUUCGUGAUUCCCAACAACAAACACGUCUCGGAGUACCGUGGAAAGUACCAGUGCUACGUGUUCAACACGCUGGGCACUGCCAUGACAGAGGAGACUAACUUUAUUGUACCCAAUGUCCCAAAGUUCCCCAAAGAGAAGCUUCCCCCUGUGGUGGUCGUCGAGGGCCAGUCCAUUGUCCUGGAGUGCAACCCCCCCGACGGCAUCGCCCCUCUCCAGGUCUACUGGAUGACUAUCGGUCUGAAGCAUAUUGAGCAGAAUGAGAGGGUGUCUAUGGGGCUCAAUGGGAACCUCUACUUCUCCAACGCCGUGGAGAGGGACAGCAGCGGUGACUACUGCUGCUUCGCCGCCUUCCCCAGGAUACGCACCAUAGUGCAGAAGCCGGCCAUGUCUGUAGUGGUCAAGCCCUCAAAGGAUGUUACAGAGCUGGAUGAUAGCAAAACCACAGAGCGCGAGCCCAGCUUACUGCUGCCCCCUGGUGGCCAGUCUGAGGUGCACCUGGUGAAGGGAGACGAGCUGGAGCUGGAGUGCAUCGCUGAGGGACUCCCCACGCCAGUGUACGAAUGGACAAAGGUGGGAGAGACGUUACCCAGGAGGACAAACAUCAAGAACUUUGGGAAGCUCCUGACCGUGGCUAAGGUGAAGAGGGAGGACGACGGGAUGUUUAAGUGCACGGCGAAGAACCAUCUGGGAGAGAAAUCACACUUCUUCAGUGUGUCUGUGGAGGAGCCGCCCAGCUGGGCCGAGGAGCCCCCGGAGAGCCAGCUGGUCACCAUCGGGUCGGAUGUGCAGAUCAAGUGUGCCACCACCGGCAGACCCAGGCCCACCAUCACCUGGAGGAUCAACGGACAGCCCAUCGGAGACACGCCCACGCCCGGCCGCCGCUUGUUUGAUGACACCAUUAUGCUGCAGCAGGUCCAGCGCAGUGACACGGCCGUCUACCAGUGCCAGGCCUCCAACCCGCACGGCUCCGUGAUGGCCAACGUCAACCUCAUGGUCCUCAACCUGCGUCCUCUGAUCCUCACCAGAGACUUCCAGGAGUAUUCUGCAGUGCAAGGCAAGCACGUGCUCAUGGAAUGCAGCGUCUUCAGCUCGCCCCCGGCUACAGUUGUCUGGACCUCAGGUGAGACAGGAGAGACCGUGGGGGGGGGUCGGUUCUCUGUGCUUGCUGAUGGAUCUCUGCAGCUGCAGCGCGUGGCCAAAGAGGACACAGGACAGUACACCUGCCAGGCCUCCAACUCUGAGGGGGAGACCUUCAUCACAUCCAAGCUGGAGAUAAAAGACCCGACUCGGAUUAUUGAGCCCCCGCAGGACUUGAAGAUUCUGCGCGGCACCACGGCCCAAUUUAUUUGCCAGGCGGAGUAUGACAGGAGCCUCCGGAGGGAGAUCGAGAUCCUGUGGGCACGCGAUGGCGAGGAGGCAUACCUCAAUUACACACAGGACGCACGGUAUUCUGUGGACGACGGGAUUCUGCAAAUCUCGAACGUGAGCCACAGUGACGAGGGCUUGUACUCGUGCGUCGCCAAGACAACGCUGGACCAGGACCAGGCUGCAGCGUACCUCACAGUGCUGGAUGUCCCCGAAGCGCCCGAGGACCUGGUGCUUGCAGAUAAAAGAGGCCGCAGUGUCAGGCUAAAAUGGACGCCUGGUGAAGAACACAAUAGUCGCAUCACUGAGUUUGUAGUCGAGUACGAGGAGAACCAAUGGGACCCUGAGAGGUGGCGGGAGCUGGAGAGGGUGCCGGGAAACCACGCGUCCGCCAUGCUGAUGCUGCAGGGCCACAUCAACUACCGCUUCCGAGUGUGUGCAGUCAACGACGUGGGCCAGGGGCCGCCCAGCAGGCCCACUGACAGAUACAAAACCCAGGCCACAGAGCCGGACAGGAAUCCAGAAAACAUCAAAAUUGAGGGUCACCUGCCAAAUCAGAUGGACAUCACGUGGGAGCCCCUGAUGCCGGUGGAGCACAACGGGCCCGGCCUGGAGUACAAGGUGAGCUACCGGCGGCUGGGCGUGGAGGACAGCUGGACCGAGCAGAUGGUGAAGAGGCACUCGUUCGUGGUGAAGAACACGCCCACUUUCGUGCCCUACGAGAUCAAGAUCCAGGCCCACAACCAGCAGGGGUGGGGGCCCGAGCCCAAGGUGGUGACCGGCUACUCUGGAGAGGACGUUGUCUUUUGGCAUUGCCUACAGGAAAAUGGAUCAGUGCCGCUGGCGUCCCCUGAGGAUGUGUCUGUAGAGGUGAAGAAUGCCACUCUGCUGCGGGUGCGCUGGAACCCCGUCCCUGCCAACGCGCUCCGUGGGCACCUGGUGGGAUACAACGUGAACUGGUGGAGGACCCAAAGCCUGCUAGUCUCUACUAAAGGACCAGGGGAGAAACAGUCCAUGAAGGUUUUUGGGAAUCGCACACACGCCAUGAUCCCAGGAGUGAAGCCCUUCUCGGAGUACCGUCUGAGUGUCAACGUGUUCACCAAGAAAGGCAACGGGCCGAGCAGCCUCCCAGUGACAUUCACAACUCCACAAGGAGUGCCAGAGAAAAUGUCAAUCCUAAGAGCAACAAACCCCCAGAGAACCUCCAUCACACUGGUGUGGGCCCCACCUGUGGAAGCCAACGGCAUCCUGACAGGUUACAGCCUGCAAUACCAGCAGAUAAACGACACGCAGCACCUGGGCGAGCUGCGCUCCGUGAACGUCAGCAGCCCAGACAUCACGCAGUGGGUCCUGGUCGACCUGGAGCGCUUCAGCGCCUACAAGUUCUACCUGAGCGCCUGCACCAAGGUGGGCUGUGGCCCGGCCAUCAGCGAGGAGGGUGGCACCGCCACCGAAGCACCUGACUCGGUCCCGACCCCUGAGGAAUUCACACCAACACCCGCUGUGACCAUAGAGAUCAAUGUUGCUUCAACUGCCACUCUGGACUCUACUGUGAAAACACUGUUAAAUGUAAGCUACUAUGUAAGUGACACGUAUGUGAAGAUCAUUUGGACUGUGCCAGGAGAGCACCGCAACUCGGCACUUUACGUUGCGUACAUGAAUCACCGUGAGGGCCUCUGGACGACCUCAGAGGCGGUAACCGCAUCUAAGGCUUUCCACCUCAUUGACGGCCUGGCUCCAGGCAGCGUGUACACGGUGCGCCUCCUGGCUAGCCGGCGGCAUGAUAGCGCCGUUAUUUUCGAGGAUGUUAUCCACACCAGUGAGAAAGGUGCUGACCGGCAGGACGUGGGAGUGUCCUCCAGAGGCUGGUUCGUGGGGCUCAUGUGUGUUCUACCUCUGGCUACCCUGGCAGCGCUGAUCUCCUGCUUCGUAUGCAGGAACCGCGGAGGGAAGUACGCAGUUAAGGAGAAAGAAGACCUCCCUGCGGAUCAGGAGUCAAAGGGCGUGAACGAGGACACCUUCUGUGAAUACAGUGACAAUGACGAGAAGCCCUUGAAGGGAAGCCUGCAUUCGUUGGAAAGGUUGGCGACGGGGGAAGAUGACAGCUGUGAAAGUGUAGUGGACUACGAGGACGAGGAAGAACAGUUCAACGAGGACGGCUCAUUUAUCGGGGAGUACUCAGGACGCAGGCGCAGGGCGUCCGUCGAGAUGAACGGACCCUCUUCCUCCGUAGCAUGAGCCGCCAUUGGACUUGUGCCUCUUUUUCAUGCAGACUCUGAACAAAAUACUUUUCUAAUGUUGUUACUUUAUCUUAGUUUGGAUCUCUUUCAAUAGAUAAAGUCCUCCAACAGCCCUGAA